CUCGCUCUUUAUCUCUUAUCAAGGAAACUAAUAACAUGUCAAAACUCUUGAGCAUGCUUUUUUGUAAUACAUAGCUGUUGACAACAUUACUGUUAUUGUUAGAGGAAGAAAAUGGCAGGAAACCAGAAUGGAGAAAGCAGUCGGCCACCACGUAUACAAGUUGAUAAGUUACAAGUAAAGGAAGUGGAGCCACAUGAAACCCAUUCUUUUGAUUGGUGCUUGGGUGACAAGAAACCUGAAACUAUCACCUGUGAUAAAGCAAGAACUGUUGAGGAUGUGCUGAAGACAAGUGAUGAGUUUAGAAAAAUUGCAAAAAUUAACAAAGACAAAGAGCUUGUUAUUAUAAGAGAUGGGAAAGCUAUCAGUUCACACUUUCCAUGUUGCUUAAUUAAAGGUGAACGUCUGACUGUCAGAUAUGUUAAAGCUGUGGACAAGGCGAAACAAUCAGCAUGUGUUCCCCAAAGAAAGAGGCCACCUGGCAAGCUUAUGAUCUUUCAUGUCCUAACAAAGGGAGGUAAAAAAGUAGUGAAAAUCAUGAGAAACCCAGCGCUACAAAGAGAAGCUCACAUUAAUGAAAUUACUGUUUAUGCAUAUAACGGGGAAAAAGUGAAGCAGGCUCUUAAGAGAGAUGGCCGUCUAUUGGAUAUUAUAUUCAAUAAGACCUGCGCUCUCUCUCGCACAAGCACUAACAUGGCAAUGUCCAACCUCGUUGAUGACCUUGAUGGGGAAACUGUCAAGAUCAUACUACGCAGUAAGUCUAGUCCACCAGAAAGUCAGCCUGGUAGUCUUGAUGAUAUGUACAUGGUGCAAAAUGAAUCUCAGAGAUCUGAUUUAGAUGAAAACCAAGAUCCUCCACAGCAGUCAGCCACAACUGAGUCAGUGAAUGACAACACACCAAAGGAGAAAACAGAGCUAAAUGGUGGCACAACCACAUUAAAAAUAUUACAUGAAAUACCCGAUUCAAAACCAAUGCAGCAUCUUCUGUCUAAACAGUUAGAAGAUGUUGUGAACAGGAUGAAAAAUCAGCGUGUUCCAAAGCGUUCUCGUAUUCAAAAUCUCUUCCAUGUGGAGUAUGGAAAGAAUGAUGAGACAUGCAAGAAAGUGAAAACUAUGAAGAAAUUGAUGCAGCUGAGUGAUUCUGUGUGCCAGGUGAGAGUAGAUGGGAGUCCACUUGGAACCGGCUUUCUCCUGUUUGGUAGGUUUGUCCUCACAAACAACCAUGUCGUUAAAAAUGUUAAUCCUGUGACUGGAGGGAAACUUCAGCAGAGGGUAACUGUCCAUUUCUCCUUUGAAAGUCUAGACCACAUGCAGGGUGAGCAAGGGUCACAAGCAAACAUGGUAGUGGAAGAAAUCGUUGGUGGUGAAUACGGUCUUGGUGUGUCAGGUCACAUGCAUGACUGGGCUUUGUUGAAACUCAGGGCUGAUCAGACGUUGCCUGAUGGACUGUUACCACACUUUGGAUUCCUUCCCCAAGAUGGUGGAAUUUGCAUAAUUGGGCAUCCUGGUGAAGGUGUGAAAAAGAUUGAUCCAUGCUUCAUUAUUCCAUCUGAAAAGCGCAGCCAGAUUGUGGAGAGGCAUCAAAAUGAAAAUCCAGAGGGCGUUUUGAGAGAAGACAGUGAACAGCGGAUUCAGCUGAUCACUAACAAUUUCUUUAGAAAUGUGGCAGAAUCUGUCAAACAUAAAAGCCAGGCUCUGACUUAUGAGUCUUGUUUUUACUUUGGCUCAUCUGGUUCUCCUGUCUUUGAUAAUCACUGCAAUGUUGUUGCAAUGCAUACUGGAGGGUACCACUACCACAAUGUAAGAGGUCACCCCCAAAGUGUCAUAGAGUAUGGCCAUCCUUUGUCCGUCAUAAUGGAGCGCAUCAUCAUCCAGAUGGUGGAAAAGAGAAAACUUGAUGUGUUGAAACACGAAAAUGUGAUGGUCAGUUUGAAGAAACUGAUCGAAAGCAGAAAUCUCGUAGAAUUUAGAAAUGCCGUAAGCAACUCAGUUAAUACAGGUGAUGAGAAACUCACGACGUUCUUUGAGUUCUUCUCUCAGACAGAGAACCCCGUCCCAAUGGACACAGACUAAGCUAACUGCAGACUAAAGACACAGUGAAAGCAGUUUGAAAGCUGAGCAACAAGGGCUUGUACUUUUCGCAUAUAGCUACUAGGACACAUUUUAAUUAAACACCAAAGGAGUGCAGGGAGGGAUUUUAUUAGAAACUUGUUGUAUUUUCUGGAAUCUAUAUUUUCCUGUAUGGAAAUAAAUGGUGAAACGUUCAUGCACGUACACAUAAAGAUUUGAAACUUGUUGAGAAGGUAGAUAAUUGUUUUUUUAAAUUUAAAAAAUACAUGGCAUUUUGUGACAUAAAAUCAUGUUUUCAUUGUAUGUGCUUUUUAAUGAACUGUAUUUUUUAUAAUUUUCUUUACUUUCUUAAUACUUUACUUUCCUCAAUCACCAAAACAGCCUUCUAUCAGCUUAAGAACAUAUCCAGGGUGAAGGGUUUUAUGUUUGAAACAGACCAGGAGAAGUUGAUUCAUGCUUUCAUCUCCAGUAGACUCGACUACUGUAACGGUCUUCUGACUGGACUCCCACAAAAAAGCAUUAAACAACUGCAGCUCAUUCAGAACGCUGCAGCUCGAGUUUUAACCAGAACAAAGAGAUCAGAGCACAUUACUCCAGUUCUAAAGUCUUUACACUGGCUCCCAGUCAGCUAUAGAAUAGAUUUUAAAGUUAUGCUACUGGUCUACAAAUCACUGAAUGGUUUAGGUCCAGAAUACAUGAAUGACAUGUUAGUAGAAUAUAAACCCAGUAGGGCUCUGAGAUCUACUGACUCAGGUCAGAUAGUGGAGCCCAGAGUUCAGACUAAACAUGGUGAAGCAGCUUUUAACUGUUAGGCUGCACACAAUAUUUUAAAAACCAGGUUAAAAACACUUCUCUUCUCCUGUGCUUAUGAUUGAGCUCUUUCAAAGCACUUUAAAUUUUAAUGUUUCAUUUGCACUCUAUGUCCUUUUAAUGAUUUUAAAGCAAAUCAUUAUUUUAUACUGCAACCUUAUAUUUAAUGCUCUAUUAUAGUAUUUUAUUUCUCUCUUUUUCUUUGUUUCUGUACUUUGU